UUAUGCCUAACCCUUACCUUAAAUUCAUGAUUCUUUGUUUGUUUUCAUACAUUUUUACGGUAGGCUUUACCCAAUGUUGACUGGUUGUGGAGGUGACAACCUAUGAAACCAUGCAGUCUCCCUCCCUGGGCAAUACUAUCGCGAGGGUUGAUUGGCUGCAGUAUUUGGAGCAAAGCUGCCGGACUUCUAAAAGUGACUGUGUGCUGAAAGAAACAGGUGGAGAUAUCCAAGAGGUAGCUGGAGCAAUUUACUGGUGUGCUGUUAUAUAGCUAAGCGGGAUAUUAAAAACGUGGUGUUGCUGUUAGCAGCAGGAGAUAAGGGGAUGGUGCUGAGGCUUCAAUCCGUUCUGGUCCUCUCCCUGUCGGGAGUGUUGGCUUUCCUAGGCCUGUGGUGGUACACCUCUCGGAAGAAAGAACAACCCACUGACAAGGAUAAGACGACCACAAACCAGGCACACCUGUCCUCCUCCAUCAGAGACCGAGGUAUUGGUGUUGUGGAGAACGGCCACUCCACUGGGACAGAUCGGGACAGGCACACAGUGAGGAAGAGGUCGUUAGUGGAACAGGAGCGUGUUGAUUGUACAAACACACAAGCGGCAGCAAAGCUGGUUAACAUCCCACUCUGCCAAUCACAACCGGAGGAAAGGUUUGUGGCUGCAGAGUGUCUGAGUAGAGGCCUCGAUACUACUACUGUGAAGCCCGUUACGGAGAGAACUGAGUCUUCAGCUCAAGUACUCCCAGAGACUGCACCUGAGAGCCAAGCCCAGGGGGGACCUGAGAAGGAUAUAGCAUUACAAAAUAAAAACCAGCCAUCCUCUGAUGAGGAACAAGUUUCUUCUAUCUUUGACCUAGGCUCUAAUCCUAACCCUGGUGAGAGUGCAGGCCUAAAGCCACAUGCACCGCCACUCUCUGAGACGCUGGAGGACACUACAAAUAGAACUUUCAACAAAGAGGCUGCAAAGGAGGUUCGACUAGACCCAGGGGAGGUUAGACUGGACCCAGAGGGAGAGGUUGGAGAAGACAAGAUUACAUUUUGUUUUGCAGAGAUGAAGCCUCAAACCGAUCUGGCUGAGAACUGCCUCCUCUCCAAAGACAACCUAUCUAUCCUGCCUGCUGUGGAAGAACCAACCUGUGAGUCAAGUCUACAGGAUGACACCUGUCUGGCUUCCCCCAUCAACCUCCUUACCAGUCAGGUGUCCCCCUCAAGGCAGCCUUUGGGCAUUCUGAUAUCACCUCAGAAGAAAGACCAGUCUGAGGAGUGUGAACUUAGCAGGAGUAACACAGAGGAAGUUAACCAGCUGGCGUCAAGUCUGAUUACUGACGUGGUCUCAGUAGCAGUGAGUCAAGUCCUGAAGGAUAGGACCCUACUAGAACAUAAUGUUGGGCCUCUCUGUAACAGGGACCCCUUCACAUCCCCAGAUAUCAUCUCAGUGGGUAACAGUGAGACUGGGAGAGAGAUGCCUGGUCUAUUGCAGGAGGAUCAGUGUUCAACAACUGGCAGGGAGAACAUAUGUUCAUCUCCUAUAGUCUUUGAGGAUGUGAAACAUGACUGCAGCAAUAGAACUGAGACUGAGCAGGCAGAGCUAGCAGAAGAUUCUGCAGUAGGUGAUUCUGGCUCCAGCUCAGGUCAUUCCGAGGAGAGCUCCAGUGGCGAGGACUCUAGCCCCAGUGUGAGCCUGCAACCACCCAGGGGACCCGCUGAAGGACUGGGGGCCACCAGCAUGGCCCUCCCUAACAGUCACAGGACAGAGGUGGCUGUUCCAGGCUCUGGUGUGACCAGCAUGGACUCUGUAGACCGUUACGUUGAACACGAAGCCAGGGACAACCAGCAUAUCAACAGUCCAAGUCCGCUAAGUCAACUGCUGAACAGUGAUCAGCAAAUUGAAAAAUACAUCCAGAGUUACAACAGCAGCCAGCCACCGACUGUUUGGGACAUAGAGGUGCCUAAGCAUCUUGUUGGGAGAUUGAUUGGGAAGCAGGGGCGAUAUGUGCGCUACCUGAAGGAGACAUCCGGAGCAAACAUCUUCAUCGCCACCCUGCCUUACACCCAGGAGUUACAGAUCUGCCAUAUAGAGGGGUCAAAGGAGCAGGUGGAUUGUGCUCUGGAGCUGAUCAGUAAGAAGUUCAAAGAUCUGGAUAUGACCAGCUGUUAUGUCCAUCCUCCAGUGGCCAGACUGCCCUCUCUCCCCAUCACAUCCUGGCUGCUGCUUCCCCAUAGGGUGACAGUUGAGGUAACCGUGAUCCAAGUAGCCUCUGGGAACUAUGUGUUCCUCCAGCAGCACACACACCCAACCUUCUAUGCUCUCCGCAACCUGGACCAACAGAUGAGCUUGUGUUAUUCUCACCCAGGGUGCCCUCCCCUGCCGGCCCCAGUGGAAGUGGGAGUGAUCUGUGCUGCCCAGAUGCCUGAGGGAGCCUGGUGGAGAGCGCAGGUGAUGGGUUACUAUGAAGAAACCAAGGAGGUGGAGCUCUGCUAUGUGGACUAUGGAGGCUAUGUCCUGGUGAAGAUCGACACCCUCCGCCAGAUCAGAUCAGACUUUGUUGCCUUGCCUUUCCAAGGAUCUGAGGCGAUCCUGGAACAUAUUGCACCCCUUCCAGGAGACGAAGGGUUCUCUGUUGCAGCCAAAUCUGCACUGGAGGAAAUGACACAAGGAUUGCCACUACUUGCACAGGUCACAAGCUGUCACACCAGUGGCAUUCCCUUGGUACAGAUAUGGAAAACUGAAGGAGAAGAGUUGGUGUCUGUGAACCGUGCUCUGGUGGAUAAUGGACUGUGUAGCUGGGUAGACUGCCUCUGACUGUGAAGACCAAUCCUGGCCCUGUUUGGAUAGUUUUCAAAUGUAUCCUCCCUCCCUUUUUAAGCACAGAUCUAUAAGGGAUUGGAUAUGUGUGAGUAAGGUUACCAGCCCUAUUACCCUCACCAAUCUACCAAUUUAGAUCUGUGAUUACUUCAAGGAAAGUAGGAAGGAAAAUUGGAUCUCUGAACUAUUCAAACAUGGCCCCUGUCUUGCCUUUCAUCGUUCCAUCCCCUCAGUCCCAUCCUCUGGACUGUUGCCCUGUUGGGGCACAACAAUGUCUUCCUUCUCAACUCGACUGUUCAUGCUUGUUGUUUCUUUAUCACCAUGUACACUUUCUGAUCUAUUUAUUUGGUGAAGUUUUAUUUACACCCCCCCACCCUUAUAUAAAUGUUUGUUAAUUAUGCUUAGAUGGUUUUUGACCAAUAUUAUUCACGGUUCAUCUAAUUACUGUUUUGUUUUCAAUGGAUACAAUCCUAUUAAGAAACAAAAUAAAGAUGAACUGUCCUUUCUGAGGGGUCCACUUUGACCAUAGCCACAGACUUAUGUUGUGAGAUGUGUAGUAUAAUGAAGCUACAGUCUGUAUUGACUUCAAUCACAUCUCAUGAAAUGAAUGCAUGUUGUGUACAUUUUGUGAGUUUGUUAGAUGAUACACAAAUUCAGGAACCUUUUGUAUAUUGAGCUCGAUGUCCAAACUAAAUAUGCACAGUGUACUAAACAUUAGGAACACUUACUAUCACUUAAUAUCGAGUUGCACCCCUUUUUGCCCUCAGAACAUCAUCAAUUCGUUGGGGCAUGGAGUAACAUUCCACAGGGAUGCUGACCCAUGUUGACUCCAUUGCUUCUCACAGUUGUGUCACGGUAGCUCGGUCUUUUGGCUGGUGGGCCAUUCUUGAUACACAUGGGGAAACUGAUUGUGCUGCCAUACCUUGUUCAAAGGCACUUAAACAUGUCGUCUUGCCCCUCUGAAUUGCACACAUACACAACCCAUGUCUCAAGGAUUAAACAUCCUUCUUUAACUGGUCUCCCCUUCAUCUACACUGAUUGGAUUUAACCUGACAAUAAGGCGUCGUAGUUUUCACCUGGAUUUACCUGGUCAGUCUGUCAUGGAAAGAGCAGGUUUUCCUAAUGCUUUGUACAUUCAGUGUUUUGUGGCUUUGUAGCCAAGGACAUUUUGACUUGGUCAACCAGUGCCGCUGAGGAACUUGUCUGGACUGUUAAACUCACUGAGGGUUAUUGUGCUUCAGCUUUGAUCCCCGGUGUGUUUGUUUCUACGUUUGAGUUAUUUGUAUGUCUCUGAUGUUCGUUAUGAGUAGUUUUUGAAGUGGAUGUUCUGGGGAAUGAUGGAAUGAGUAAACAAGAACCUAGCGAAUUCAGUAGAUGGCGCCAAAGGCUUAGUUUUUGCUAUUCCUAUUAUUCAAGCACUAGACCGGGAAUGUUACGAAUACAGAGAGCAUCUGCUGUCUUGAUAAGCACAGACAAAUGUUUCAGUCAACUGAGUACCGUGUAAAGAAUGAGUGUAUAUGAAUUUUAGUUUGACUACUAAAUGUCAUAUAAACUCUCCGCGGUUACAUUUGUAAUCAAACAUUGUUUACGUGAGGCAACUUGGUAGGCCCAUCGUUCAAGGCAGCUGAAGACUUCGUUAUUAUUUUGCAGCUAACUACUCAUCGCACUCAACUGAAAUAUGGAAUGAAUCACUUGCAGGACCAAAUUAGAGCCAUUCUGAAUUAAUACUGUAUACAGGAAACCAUGUCCAUGUCUGAAAGAAAACUAAAUUAAUUUGUAAUCCACUUUUGUCUAGAUUCAUCCCAAGUUUGAAUUUAACACAGUAAAAAAGUGUACAUGUGUGUGAAGAUGUGUUCUGUUUCUUUGGCUUUACAUCCUUCGUUUGUAUCUUAAUUUUGCAACUCGUAGUUUUCUCUUUCGUCAGCUUCUAUCCAGGUUUUUUUGGGGGGUCAUUACUUUUUGUUUCAAUUUAGGGUCGUUUCACCACAAAUUUGUUACGUUAUUUGAGUUGGAACUGAAUGAAAAUAUUAAGUACAUAAGGGUUAUUAUUUUGUCAUGAACGGACAGAUUUGUGGAUUGGAUUUUCUCCUUGUUUUGUUCUAUUCACUAUAAUUGUCAGUGGUGUACGUUGAGUGACCGUUGUCUUCCAGCGUGCCGUCUGGGCAUUUCAGAAGUCCGUUGUUCUGCUGAUAGGAUAAUAGGGAGGGAGUUAGGGAGGAUUUCAGAAAUCACCUGUGGUGCACAUUAAUUUUCCAGCAAAGGCCCCAUGAUAAUGCAGCAGCAUGCACUUCUUGGUGUCUUUGAUGAGACUAAUUAAAGGCAUGAGGCAUGUAAAAAAAUAAAAUAAAAAAAAGCUAAUCGGGGGGCAGGACUAUGAGGAGCCUCAUCCAAGACCCCUAUUGAUUAAUGAAGUCACACUGUCAUUCCCCAUUAUCUUCGCUGCUUAUAAUAGCACACUCACUCACCCACCAACAGUGGAGAGAGAUUGAAGGAUUAGCAAAGGUCUCCUCUCACGUUGCGCUCUAUAAAUGCUCUCUUUAGUCAUGAUGCUCAACUCAAGUCAGUGCUAUACUUCAUGAUGUUUUGAUUGUGCUGCUGAGUGCAAGGAUUCAUUUGUAUUUUGUGACAUGUCAGUUAUCUUUUUAUAAUAUGUAAUAGUAUUUCUUAAAAGAGUCAUGUUAAUUUGUGAUAGUUGAAACGGAAUACAAAGCUUGCCUUUUCAUGGAAGAAACUAGUGAUCUAUUUAGGGUUAUGAAUGACUCCCAACUUUAUUGUUGAAUAUUAUUUUUCUUCUAUAUCUAUAUUUUAUUUCUAUAUUAACCAAAUUGCUAUAUUGUUGUAGGCCUACGUUACGUUAUCCUGCAAAUGAUUGUACUGGAUAUUUCUGUGAAGUUGUGUGGGUGGCUAACCAGCACAGGUGCAAUUGAUUAGUCAAUUAUGGGACCUAAUGUAGGACACAGGUGUGCUGGGAAUUAAUAGGAGGGUGGUAAAGCUAAAAACAAAAUGUAUCAUCCAAUCACAGGUCUUGCUUUUUAACAGUUUAAAAUCCUCUGGUAAAAAUAACUUUUAUAUCCCCCUGUAUUUGGCUUGACACAUUUCCUCUUUUAAAAAUACAGUAAUAAUAUAGCAAGACAGCGCAAUCACUACCAAAUAGGAAGAUUAUAUCUGCUAUUUAGGCUCCUCUAUUAUUUAAGUAAAAUGGCCUUUCAG